GCACGCGCUACCAAUAUUGCAUAAGACUGGUGAGAACCGACAGUGCUGCACGAGGAGUAGGGAACCGUACGGGCGAACAAGAACUCAAGUACCCAAGCCCUUCGUAUCAUCUCUGAAAUUUGAGACAGCUCUACUUUUGUUUCGUUUCGUGUAUAAUAUCAACAUCUGUGAUGAAGCUGUACAUACAAGCGUUGUUGGUGUUCCUGCUGGUAGCCGUGUUGACGGUGGGCCGUAGCGAGGGGUGUAUGGUGGGCUGCAUGCGCGGGUUGUUUGUGUGUAAGAGGGCGUACGAGAACGGCCAGCUGGGCGAUAAAGAACCCUCCUACUGCUGUGACGUUUACAGGAAGUGUGUCUCCGACUGUAAACCGAGCAAGAAGUCCAUACCGUGCAAUAUCGGCAAACGGGGAAGCUGGAACAAGAGAUUCGAUAACUCGUACAACAACCCACUGUGGGACAUGGAAGACCCCUACUUCUUGUGAAAAACGUCGUCACUUUCUAUGUGCAUGAUCACGUGACAAUUCUUCCAUCUUUCAUUGGAUCCUAUCAACACGAUCCCCUAGUCGCUUAUGAAAGUCAACGUUAUGUUCCGCCAUCUGCAUAAAAUGCUGAACAUUGAACAAAAAACUAUUUUCCUUCAUCGCACACUCCCCUUUUCGCUAGCACGAUUUUAGUUUCUCGGGUGAAGUUUUGAACUUAUUUAAUUCAAUAAUAAAGACGGUUAAUGAAGAAGUUCAGCAUUGGUGAAUACGAAACAAGAAAACAAAAUAUAUAUACUUUUCAGGACAAAAUACUGCGGACUAAGGAAAUAAAUGCAUAUAUUUUAAACACGUUGCACAACUGUUGAAUAAAUAUCUGAUGAAGUGGA